AUGUCGAAUGCAAAAAGUGCAGUAGGACGUUCUUUAGUUAAAAAACGUUUUGCUAAUAAACAUCGUAACAGAGCUGGAGAAGAAUGGAUGUAUCAAAAAGCUGACUUUACUACGACGACUGAUUGGAAUCGACUUAAUCUACGAUCCAUAACAGAUCAAAAUUCUUUAGAUGACUUUUUAAGUACUGCUCAAUUAGCUGGCACUGAUUUUGCAGCAGAACGAUUAAAUGUAACGUUUAUUCCAGCUGUAGCAAAAGUUGGAAUUUUAACUAGUGAAGAUAAAGAACGUAUAAAACAAGUACAAAAAUUACAUGUUGAUAAAUUAAGUAUUCCACGACGACCAGCGUGGACUUCUAAUAUGAGCGCCGAACAAAUUGAUCUACAAGAACGUACGAGUUUUCUUGAUUGGAGACGACGAUUAGCUUUAUUACAAGAAAUCGAUGAUUUAACAUUAACACCAUUCGAAAAAAAUCUUGAAUUUUGGCGACAAUUAUGGAGAGUUAUCGAAAAAAGUGAUGUUAUUGUUCAAAUCGUUGAUGCUCGAAAUCCGCUAUUGUUUCGUUGUGAAGAUCUUGAAAACUAUGUUCGUGAAUUAUCACCAGAUAAUAAAAAAGUUAAUGUAAUUCUUGUUAAUAAAGCUGAUUUAUUAACUGAUGAACAACGACAAAUAUGGGCAACUUAUUUUGAUAAACAUAAUAUUCGUGUAAUUUUCUAUUCAGCUUUACAAUCAGCUCCAUCUACAAAAUCUACAAAAACAAGAAAUGAUUCAGAAGAUCUAGAUGAUACAGAUAGAGUUCUUGAAGAUAUUAAACGGAAUCAAUCCAAAGCUAAUUAUAAUGAUGAUAAUUUUGAAAUAACAAAAUCGCCUGGUCAAUUAAAUAGAUUCGACGCUCUUCAAUUAGAAGAUGAAAAUGAUGAAAAACAAAAAGCAGAAAUCAAUAUCAAUGAUGACGAUAUUCCAUCUCUUGGUAAUGAAGAAGAAGAAUAUGAUGAUGAUGAUGAUGAUGAUGAUGAAGAAGAAGAAGAAUCCGAGGAAGAAGAUAACGCUAAUGAAAAUGAAGAUUUAAUUGAAACAAUACGUGAUGAAAUUCUUGCACAUGGACAAUCUAAAGAAACAAAACCAAAAAAUUUAUCACUAGUUGUUAAUCGAGAAGAAUUAAUAUAUUUACUUAAAUCUUUAUAUGUUCAUAAAACAACGACUCGAGAAAAUAUUCUAACUAUUGGAAUGGUUGGAUAUCCAAAUGUUGGUAAAAGUUCAACAAUUAAUUCUCUAUUACAAUAUAAAAAAGUAUCUGUAUCAGCAACACCUGGAAAAACCAAACAUUUUCAAACGAUUUUUCUUGAGAAAGAACUUAUGCUAUGUGAUUGUCCUGGUCUUGUUUUUCCAUCAUUUGUUUCAACAAAAGAUGAAUUAAUUAUUCCACGUUCUGUUAUCACACAUAUUUACAAUAUUAUGUUACCAUUACCAAAAGAAGGAGAAGAUGAAAAUCGACCACCAACAGCUGUAGAAUUAUGUGCUACAUAUGCCUAUCGACGAGGUUUUAUGACUCAUAAAGGUAUUCCUGAUGGAAGUCGAGCAGCUCGUCUACUUCUAAAAGAUUAUAUUAAUGGAAAACUUCUAUAUUGUUAUCCACCACCUGGUUAUGAUUCAGAAGAAUUUCAACAGUAUGCUGCGCAUUAUGGCCUUGCUAGCGAUGAUGACGAUGAUGAUGAUGAAACAAACAAUGAAGAAAAUACAUCAAAUGAAACAACAUCAAAACCAUCAAAGUUUCAACCAUCCGAUGUCGAUCGACAAUUUUUUCAACCAACUGAUAUACGUUUUGGUAGUAAAGGUAUACAUGGUCGAUUAAAUUAUACAAGAAAAAAUGGUCCAAUACAAGCAGGUGAAACUACGAAUGAUUCAACAAAUCAAUCUCCAGAUGGAAAACCAUGGAAAAAACAUAAUAAUCGUAAAAAAAAAGAAAAAUUAAGACGUUUGUAUGGACAUCUUGAUGCUUAA